UAAACACAUUCCCUUAUCCUCUCCCUUCGCCCUCCUCCUCUCUCUCUCUCUCUCUCUCUCUCUCUCUCUCUCUACGAAGCCCCUCUCCCACGCCAUGGCCACCGCCCACGGCGACGACAAGGAGCUCCUCGACGCCCCCGACGACGCUCCCGUGGCGGCUGCGGUGGGGGGCGGCCGCGAAGCCGGGGCGGAGAGCUCGAAGGAGGCUGUGGCUUUGGACGAGAGCCCGAUCGAGGACGAAGGCUCCGAAGCUAGGGCUUCGGAGAAUCCUCUCGAGAAGGGAGACGAGAAGCCGAUUGAGGGAGAAGCCGAUGGCGUCGGCGCGGUUGACGCGGAGGAAGAUGGAGAUGGGGGAGAAGAAGGGGUUGAGAGCUCGAAGGCGGCCGCAGUAGCUGAAGCUGAGGCUGGAGCUGAAGCUGGUGGUGCUGUGGCGGCUCAAUCUGUAAGUGCUUCUGCUGCUGAAACCCUAGGAAUGGAUAGGUCUGCGGAGUUAGAUGGUAGUAUCAUCCCUAAUUCGAUGGAUUUAGAUGCUGAUUUUGGUUCUGGCGAAAAGCUUGGUGUUGAUGGUGCGGAGGAGGCAGAGAAAGUUGAGGGCUUGGAAGGGGGUUCUGAGGUUGUGGGUGGUGGAGAGGUGGAUAAGGGUUUUACGGGGAAGGUUGGUUCCGUUGAUUCUGAUGAGGGUUUUGAUGACGGUUCUACUCAGAACCGGGAAAUUGAGCGCGUGAUAGUACAAAAUGAAUCGAACCGAGCUCCUGAUGAAGCUAAAGCCGAUGAGGUUGAGGAUGACGAGGUGAUGCAAUCGGUGGUCGAAGAAGCUGAAGAUAGUGGGAGCGAGGAGGUGAAGGCAAUGGAUGUUGGUAAUGAAUUUGAUGCAAAAACGAAUCUUGAACCUGUAAGUGAUGCUGCUGCUGAAGCUGAAGCUGUAGCUGAAGCGGUAGAUAAGUUUUCGGGAUUGGAUGGUCGUGCUGGUGAGACUGAGAAAAAUGAGGGUUUGGAUGGUGGGUCUGUUUUGAUGGGUUCGAAUUCUGAUGCUGAUUACGCUGACAAGGUUGGCAAUGGGAAUGGUGAUGAGGUGACUGCUAAUGUUGGGGAGGCUGAGAAAGCUGGUAGUUCGGAAAUAGCUGAGGGUUCUUCAGAUAAGGUUGAUUCUGUGAAAAUUGAUGCAGAGGAAAAUAGUAGUAUUACAAAGAGUCCGGAAACUGAGGGUGAGAAAGCUACGAAUGAAUCGGACCAAGUUGCUGAAGAAGCAGAAGCUGUUGAGCCCAAACAUGAUGCAGGCGAGAAGUCUAGGGAGGAGGAGAUGAAAAGUGACUUUGUGGACAAUUCAACUGCAAAGAAAGGUGGAGAUGACAGUGAAGAACCCUCUGAAAACCUAACAGCCACUAUCUAUACUGAAAAAGAAGGGAAAGCUGGUGAUCAUGGCCCUUUUGACCCUGCUGAUGAUGAAGAAAAUGGUGAUAAUGAGACGGGUGGAGAGGAGGACGAAGUUUUUGACUCUGAGAGGCUGCCUAGAGUCGCAAUCUUGGAGAGCUCCGAAACUGCUAAAGAGAUCAUGAAAGAAUUUGAAGGAGGCUCUUCACGCGAUAUAGAUGGGCAAAUUGUAAUUGAUUCGGAUGAAGAGGUGGAUGAAGAAGAUGAUGAUGAAGAGGGUGAUGAGAAAGAAGUGUUUGACUCUGCUGCAUUGGCUGCUCUGCUGAAAGCUGCGACUGGCUCAUCCCCUGAUGGAAGUUUCACUUUAACUACUCAAGAUGGUGCCCGAGUUUUCUCUGUUAAUCGUCCCGCUGGGUUGGGUUCGUCAGUCCCGUCACUAAGGCCCGCCCCAGCGCGCCCGGCCCGACAAGACCUUUCCAUUCCUUCUGAACUGGCACUGGCGGCCGACCCUCUUAGUGAAUUAAAUGAUGAGGAGAAGAAACUACAUGAGAAGGUUGAGCUGAUAAGAGUUAAGUUCCUUCGCCUCGUGUACCGGUUGGGGCAUUCUCCUGACGACACAGUUGCUGCACAAGUGCUUUAUAGAUUGAGCCUAGCAGAAGGGAUCCGACGGGGAAGACAAAUGCACCAUGCUUUUAGCCUUGAGAAUGCUAAAAAGAAGGCCUUGCAGCUUGAAGCAGAGAGAAAGGAGGAUCUUAACUUUGCCUGCAACAUUUUAGUACUGGGUAAGACAGGAGUUGGGAAGAGCGCUACCAUAAAUUCCAUUUUCGGUGAAGAGAAAUCCCUAACUAAUGCUUUUGAACCAGCAACUGCUUCUGUGAGAGAAAUAACUGGUAGUGUAGAUGGUGUUAAUAUUCGUGUUAUCGACACUCCGGGCCUUCGAACUUCCUUGAUAGACCAAGCAUCUAAUAGGAGAAUCCUUUCAUCUAUCAAGAAAUAUACCAAGAAAUGUCCACCCGAUAUCGUAUUGUACGUCGACCGAAUGGAUACCCAAACACGCGAUCUUAAUGAUUUGCCUCUAUUAAGAACCAUUACAAGCACAUUGGGUUCGUCCAUUUGGUUCAAUGCAAUUGUCGCUCUCACUCACGCAGCUUCUGCUCCCCCCGAUGGUCCCAAUGGUUCUCCUUUAAGUUAUGAAGUAUUCGUUGCGCAGAGGUCCCACGUCGUUCAGCAGUCGGUUAGGCAGGCGGCCGGCGACAUGCGUUUGAUGAAUCCGGUGGCUCUCGUCGAGAACCACCCUUCCUGUAGGAGGAAUAGAGAGGGCCAACGGGUUCUCCCCAAUGGCCUAAGCUGGAGACAGCAAUUGCUUCUCUUAUGCUACUCCUCGAAAAUAUUAUCAGAAGCCAAUUCCCUUUUGAAGCUUCAAGAUCCUUCUCCUGGGAAGUUAUUUGGGUUCCGUUUCCGUUCUCCUCCUCUUCCCUUCUUGCUGUCCUCCCUCUUGCAGUCUAGGGCACACCCAAAGCUCUCCUCCGACCAGGGGGGAGAUAAUGGAGAUUCCGAUAUCGAUUUGGAUGACUUUUCUGAUGCUGAACAAGAAGAGGAAGAAGAUGAAUAUGAUCAGCUUCCGCCAUUUAAGCCUUUAAAGAAAAGCCAGAUUGCGAAACUCACCAAGGAGCAAAGGAGGGCCUAUUUCGAUGAGUACGAGUACCGGGUCAAGCUUCUUCAAAAGAAGCAAUGGAAAGAGGAGCUUAGAAGGUUAAAAGAGAUGAAGAAGAGAGGCAAAACUACACAAGAUGAUUUUGGCUAUGGUGAUUACCCCGAAGAUUAUGAUCAGGAUAAUGCCCCAGCUGCUGUACCCGUUCCUUUACCCGACAUGGUACUGCCUCCUUCAUUUGACUGUGAUAGUCCCACCUACCGAUACCGUUUUCUUGAGCCGACCUCACAGCUUCUGGCUCGACCUGUUUUAGAUACUCAUGGGUGGGAUCAUGAUUGUGGGUACGAUGGGGUGAGCCUAGAAGAAACCCUAGCAUUAGCCAGCCAGUUCCCUGCUGCUGUAUCGGUUCAAGUGACCAAGGACAAGAAGGAAUUUAGCAUCCACUUGGAAUCUUCAGUUUCAGCCAAGCACGGCGAAAACGGCUCCUCGCUAGCUGGUUUUGAUAUACAAACUGUUGGGAAGCAAAUUGCUUACAUUCUCCGUGGUGAGAGCAAAUUCAAGAAUUUGAAGAGGAACAAAACUACAGGGGGUGUUUCUGUAACUUUCUUGGGCGACAUUGUGGCGACUGGAUUGAAGGUUGAGGACCAGCUGUCAAUUGGGAAGAGGCUGACACUUGUUGCAAGCACAGGAGGGGUGCGUGCGCAAGGCGAUACGGCGUACGGGGCCAACUUGGAGGCACGGCUUAAAGACAAGGAUUAUCCGAUUGGCCAAGCCCUUUCAACCUUGGGAUUAUCCCUAAUGAAGUGGCGCGGUGACUUGGCCGUGGGGGCAAACUUGCAGUCUCAGUUUGCAAUUGGGAGGGGCUCGAAGAUGGCUGUUCGUCUUGGUCUUAAUAACAAGCUGAGUGGGCAAAUCACUGUUAAGACAAGUACCUCAGAGCAGCUUCAGAUUGCACUGUUGGGGAUCCUUCCAAUUGCUAUGUCGAUAUUUAAGAGCGUGCGGCCUGGUGAGUCUUUUGCAUAUUAGUUGGGUCUAAAGGUUAAAUUAUUGGUUAUCAAUAAGUUUCCUAGUAUUCCGGUGGAGUGAAUAGUAUCUGUUUCGUUUUCUUUGAACUUUUGCAAUCGCUGCAGUUAGUUUUGUCAUAAUUUUACCAUGAAGAGAGCUGUGGAAUUGAGUUAGAACUGUGCGGGCGUUAGUAAUGUUAGAUUUGGUUCGUAUGCUAUGAAGUUGCUAUGUUGUUUCCUUCCAUCUAAAAUAAAAGCCUUUCAUUUUCAUAUGAA